GGGAGCCCGCUGUAAACCCGCCAUUGAUGUCGUCUCUCCAAAGUGGAAGUACACCCAACCUUCCCAUCUCGUCUUCCUCCCACCUUCUUCUGCCACUUUCACGGUGACGAAACAAGCCGACAGCGAGGUGAUUGUCACGGAGCUGCCGAUACGGACCAGAACUGAGGCUUACCUACCUACCUCUCUCCGCCCUUCGGAUAUCCAUACUCGUUGUGUCACUCUCUUGUGCUCUCGGUAACAUCCCCGUCCUCGUCAGGCGCCCGUUCGGCUCGCACCAUCACCUUCAACACCACCACCACACCGUAAACCAAUUCCACCAUCUCGGCGACCUUGGAAACAGCGCCCUUAAGCUCGCCCCGCCGCCCGCUUCUGCGCCAUAUCUUACCUAUACAUGAACAAGCCUCCAGCAAUACCAGUCCAUAACCUAAUAUCAAGCAGCGCCGCGCCCUGGCACUUCCCUUCUUGCCCUUUAGUCGCAUCCCGCCGCUAGCGUCCACUCGAGCCAACGACCUAGGCGCCUCGCCUCCCGAACACAAUCCUCAAGACCGCGACUCUUCAAGAUCCUUCGUCCAAGAUCUUCGUGUUGCCGACUGGCAUUGGCACAAUGAACCAGCAGUCACAGCAAUAUCAGCCGGCGCGCCGACCGAGUGCCUAUGCCUCCCACGGCGACGAGCUUCACAUGUCGGCACAUCAGGCCCACUUGUCGUCGCCCCGCGAGUACGCGUCCUCCGGCGCACCACAUAUCAAGCUCGAGCAGAUGCCCUCGAGCCCCCCCAACAUGCAGAGCUAUCAAAGCGCUGGUGCCGUACCCAAUGUUCUGCAGCCCGGAGGCAUGUCGUCUCGUCCGCCCGUCAUGCAGUCCAACACGGCUCCCACUCUCCCCACGAUGCAGCAGUCGGCCGACUACAAGUCCCACGGCUAUGAGCGCUCCAGCCCUGCUACCCUGGCCUCAAAUUCCUAUGACGGCGGCAACUCGCCCUAUUCCGCCUACAACCCGACGCCUCCAGGUGGCAGCUCUUCGUCGCAAUACAUGUCUCCCGCAAGCACCAACAAGUACGCGGCCGCUUCGUCAUCUCGCAACGUCUCCAACACCCCGCUGGGACUGUCAGAUAUCCGGCCUCGGGCCGAUUCCACCCUCUCUGAUGGCAUGCUGCCCGGUAGCCAGGCCUACGAAUUGGCCAAUCCCCAGUCUCGCACCAGCAACUACAUGGCCCCUUGGGCUACGUACUCGUUCGACUGGUGUAAGUGGCGUCCCAGCGCAAACAGUGCCGGGAAAUUGGCCAUUGGCAGCUACUUGGAGGAUGGCCACAACUAUAUCCAGAUCUUGGAGGCCAAUUUGACGCAGACACCACCCGAUGUAUACGUCCCGGGCACCUCCAAGUACUCCAUGGACUUCACCCGCACCGCCGAGGCCACACACUCAUACCCCGUAACGCGCCUGUUGUGGGAACCUCCUUCAUCCCAGAAACAAUCCACAGACCUGCUGGCUACCUCAGGGGACCAUUUGCGGCUGUGGUCACUUCCAGCUGACCCCGUGGUCCCCACCAGUGGCUCUUCGAUCACUUCGAGAAGCGGCCGUGACGCCCCCAUCACCAAGCUUACUCCCCUAGCCCUCUUGUCCAACUCCAAGACGCCCGAUCAUACAGCUCCUCUGACCUCGCUCGACUGGAAUACCGUUCAGCCUAGCUUAAUCAUCACAUCGAGUAUCGACACUACGUGUACCAUCUGGGAUAUCCCAUCGUUGACGGCCAAGACUCAGCUUAUCGCCCACGAUAAGGAGGUGUACGACGUUCGCUUCUGCGCAAACAGUGUAGAUGUGUUUGUAAGCUGUGGCCAGGACGGCAGUGUGCGCAUGUUCGAUCUCCGGAGCCUUGAGCACAGUACUAUCAUUUACGAGCCCACAGGCAAGGAAGAGCGUGAUGCCAAUGGCGGCCGGAUCAGUCCUACGCUGGCUCAGCAAACCAUGUCGCACCCCCCACCCCUCCUGCGACUGGCCACGUCUCCGCAUGACCAACAUCUACUCGCAACUUUUGCGAUGGAUUCCAAUGUAAUCAGGAUACUCGACGUUCGCCAACCAGGGCAGGCGUUGCUGGAGCUUCGGGGCCAUGGGGGUUCCUUAAACUGCAUUGAGUGGUCGCCCACCCGGAGAGGCACGCUUGCUUCGGGUGGUGACGACUGCCAGGUGCUCAUUUGGGACUUGCUCAACCAGCCCUCCGGGUUGACCCCGGCAGGCCAGCCUGAUAACGUGAGGAGUCCUGUGGCUAGUUGGCAGUGUGACUACGAGGUCGGGAACCUUGGAUGGGUUCCUCCAAUGGGCAAUGGCGAGUAUGGCGAUUGGUUGGGAGUCAGCGCAGGGCGCGGUGUUUGGGGUGUUCGGUUCUAGUACGCCGAUGUAAAUCGAGAUGGUUCCCGCUCGCGAGAACAGAUACCAACCCAGGGUAGAAGGAUGGGAUGGGUGCAUAAAAUUCUUUGCGAUGGAGAGCACUGUUAAUCACGUUUCAUACAGCCAGGCGUUUUGUUUUUCCGGGGAGGGGAAGGAAGGGGUGGGUGGGUGGGUGGGUGGAAUAUCCUAUCGCGUAGAAGGUCAUACUCGAAAAGGCACAAUAAAACAGCGAUUCGGCCUAGUCCGACUGCUCGUUAUC